AAAAAUAUGGCUAGAACGAUUCAACAAACAUUAACUACAGGUGCUGCCGGAGGUUUAGACGAGCCUAUCAAGAAACACAAACCUAAAGAUACAAGAUUAAGGCAACAACGUCUUCCGGCUUGGCAGCCAAUUUUAGAUGCAAAAACAGUUAUACCAGUUUUCAUUACAAUCAGCCUUCUUUUUAUACCAGUUGGAAUUGUUCUUAUAAUUACGAGCAAUUCUGUUAAAGAAUGGGCUCAAUAUUAUGACAUUGCUUGUGAAAAUCAAUUAAAAUUUGGAUCGAAUAUUUGUAUUUUUGAUAUAUCCUUAGAAGAAGAUUUUUUGAACCAUAGACGUUAUAUGCGUAGUAGAAAUGAUCUUCAAAUGCUUGGACGUUUAGAUGAAGUUUCUGAUUGUUCUCCCUUUGACUACCUCGAUGGCACAAAAGUCGCACCAUGCGGGGCUAUAGCUAAUUCAAUGUUUAAUGAUACUUUUACUUUGAAAGAAAAAUAUACGGGAAGAACUAUUGAAUGGAGUUAUGAAGAAUUAAUUUGGCCAGCUGAUAGAACUAAAUUUAUUAAUCCAAAAUGUUCAAAUGGUGAUUGUCAAACAAUUAAUGAUUUGUGGGUAUUCAAAACCUCCCAAUUGGAUUAAACCUCCAUGUCAAUUAGACAGCCAAA